UCGAUGCGCAUAUAAAAUUUCGAAGUUAGUUCAUUUUUUAACCGUUUGUAGUUAGUAUCUGUAUACAUUUUUUUAUUAUUUUUGUAUUACCAUGUUUUUGUGUAGCUUCUCUUACUUGUCUCACAAUAAUUAAAUAAAUCUAUCUCUCUCAAAUUCUCGUAAUAUCACAACGCACAUAUGAUAUCCGUCGUAGAUAUAAAAAAAAAAUAAAUAUACUUUGUAUGUGAGCAUGAUUCAUGGUGCAGUUAUGCAUUAUGACCGAUUACACCUUAAAUCAUAUAUAAAUCAUAUUAAUAAAUAUAAAUAUAUUAUUAUUAAUAAUAAUAUUAUUUUUUUUUUUUAAUUUUCUAUCAAAUAUAGGUAUAUCAUAUUAUUAUUUUGUUUGUUUGUUAUUGUUGUUGUUAUUAUUGUUAUUAGUUUUUUGAAAUUUGUGUAAAAAACAAGUUUAUCAAAGUGAAUAUAUUAUAAUUUUUUUUAUUGUUUUAUUAUUAUUGUGUUAAAUAUUAAUGCAAUUGUUAAAAUAUUGUUACUGUUUACCUGCAGUCAUAUAUGUAAUAUAAUCACAAAGGAGAACGGAGAUUUCUAUUCUUAGAUAAUACAUACAGGAAUAUUUUUUAAUAAAAAUAUGGCUGGUGAACAAUUUUCAUUAGUUUGGAAUAGUUUUCCAACAAAUUUAUCAUCUGGUUUAUAUUCAUUGUUGACUGAUGAGCAUCUGGUUGAUGUUACAUUAGCUGCUGAAGGAAAAAUACUGAGAGCACACAAAUUAAUAUUAUCUGUUUGUAGCACAUAUUUUCGUGAUUUAUUCAAGGGUAAUACAUGCAAGCAUCCAAUUGUCAUAUUGAAAGAUGUUAAUUACAGUGAUUUAUUAGCAAUGUUACAUUUUAUGUAUCAGGGUGAGGUGAAUAUUAAACAAGAGGAUAUAUCAAGUUUUUUAAAAGUUGCAGAAACAUUACAAAUAAAAGGCCUAACAAGAGAUACAAAUCAAAAUAAAAAUAAUAAACAAGAUGAAUUAAAUACUGUAAGACUGGAUGAUGAAAUUAAAUCUGAAAAAGAAUCCGAUGUUGAUAAAGAUAUUGAUGUUGAUGAUGAACAAGAUGAAGAAGAAUUAGUAAUUGAAAAAUUAAAUAAACAAUUAUCAAAUAUACAAGACAAUAAUGAAUCACAAAAAGUUGAUGUUGAUGAUGAUGCAUCAACAUCAUCAAGUAUAACAUUUCAUAAUGAAAAUUAUUCUGACAAUAAAAUUAAUACACAAUUACUAUUAAACGACAAUAAUAUGAACAUUGAAAAUUUAAAAAAUACAAAUAAUCAAGCAUCAAAUUUAACAACAACAACAAAUAAUAAUAUAGAUAACAAUGAUGACAAUGAUAAACCAUUGGAUUAUAGAUUUGUUAUGACACAAUCAACAUCGAAAAAUUUAAAUACAAAUGAAAAUAAUCAAGUACAAUCACCACAAGAAAGUGCUUCUUAUCAUUCUGAUUAUCAUGAAGAACCAUCAGAUAUAAAUCAAGCUCAAAAUUGUGAGGAUAAUUUAGAAUGUCAAUUAUCAAGAGCACCAAAAGGACGUAGAACAGUUAAAGGAAUAGCUCAUAGUACAUUACCACUUGAAACAACAUUACGUGUUGUAUCUGAACUUGGUCCAACAUUACGUGUUGAUCGUGGUAAAGUUGUACGUAUGUAUUCAUGUCCAUGGUGUUUAAGACAAUUUACACGUAAAGAAAAUCUUAAACUUCAUGUUAAAUAUUUACAUGGACCACUUGAAAGUUUAACAUGUAAAUUAUGCGGUAAUAAAUAUAAAAAUAGUAAUAGUUUACGUGUUCAUUCUUAUCUUUAUCAUAAUACUAAAAGAAAUAAGCAUAAUAAUUCACUUGUUGCAAGUCAUACUUGAGAUUCUAUUAUUUUUUUUUUUUCAUCAUUUACUAAUUAUUAACCAAUUUAUUACAAUUUAUAUUUGUUAUUAUUACGUUAAUUAAUUUUUUCAUUAUUGUAAACUAUAUAAUUGUUAUUAAUUUGUAUAUCUUAGUGUUAUUAUUUUUUAAAUUUAUAUUAAAAUUAUUAUUCAUAUAUAAAUUUCAAGUAUUUUUUAUUUUUUUUUUUCUAUUUUAUUUUUAUUAUAUAUUAUCAAAUUUAUUAUAUUUACUUAUCACACCUGCUAUAACAAAGAAGAAAAAAAAACUGACAAUUAAAGAUUUUAAAUAUUUAUUUUAAAAAUAAUAUUAUCACUGAUGAUGAUUUAUCAGUUUAAAAAUUUCAUUUUUAAUUUUGUUUGAUAUGAUGAGUCAAGGUCAUAAUUUAAAAAAAAUAAUAAAUUUUGUUGAUCUUAUCAUUUGUUUAUUAAUAAUAUUGUUAUUUUGUUAAAUUUGGAAAUGAAAUAUUUAAAAAGAAAAUUAUUAUAUUGGUUAAAAAAAAAAAACGACAGAUAAAAUUGUAACGAAACUUGUUGAUUUGUUUAAUUAUUUUGUAAAUAAUUCAUUAAGAAAUAUAUUAAUAAUUUUGUUAAUAAUAAUAGUAUAUUUUCAUAACUUGGGAACAAAAAAAAAAAAAAAUGUAAAAUUAAUUCAAUCACAAGUCUACCAAAUGUCAAGUAAAAUAAAAAUAUAAAAUUAAUACUAUUAAAAAUUUGGCAGAGAAAAGAUGAUAAUAAUUUUUUAAAUAAUCGAAAUACAUACCUCAAUUAUUGUCUAUUAAAUGAUAACAGAUUAUUUUAUAAAUUGUUUCAAUUAAUUAUAAAUAAAUUAAUAAGGUUUAAGAAAAAAUAUCAAAUAACAAUUUGACAAAUGAAAGAAAACUAUUUUUUUACAUUUUUGUUUUGUUUUUACUAUUAUUAUAGAUGUCAUGUUAAAAUGGUUUACAUUAGACAAGAUUAUUAACAAUGAAUUAAUAUAGCUAGUAAAAAAUAUUUAAGAUGACUUCAGAAGUAAUUUCAUUUUAAAUAAUUCACAAUUAUUUAUAUUAUUUUUAUUAAAUUCACACUUACUCCUUACACACAAUGAAAAAUUUAUAUAUUUUUUUUUCGAUGAACACUCACACAAGAGUGACAAAAGUACUGAUUUAUUUUGAUGAUUUUUUUUAUAUUGUCAAUUUAAUAUUGACAAUACUAUCAGCCAAGGGUUAGUAAUAAAAUAUUUUAUUUAUUCUUCAUUUUAAAUAAAAAAAAAAAAAAAAAAAACUAGCUGAUUUGUAAAAUUUCCAAUUAACCGAUUAAAAAAAAAGACUAAAUUUGUCAUCAACUCAAUCCAAGUUAUUGAGUUAUUUCGUUUGAAAUUUUCUUCAUUGAUUAAUUAAUUUUGACAGUUAAUUUAAUUAUCUUUUAAACUGUCACUGUAAUCUGAUCCUCCCUUUGAUGAUUUUUCUUCUGAUCGUCUUUCUCUUGACUCCUUAUCAGACCUUCUACUAUCCUUUGUUUUUUUUUCA